AUGAUUAGUUAUGAACAGCUCUUGGUCUUACGAGGAGAGCUUAAAGUAACAGCAUUGGAUUUCAGUGCAGAUGAUCAGCAUCUUUACACCGGAUCUGCUGAUGGUAAGCAUCGAAAUCCCCAGUCACACGAGCAUGAACCUUGAUGGGGCUUGGCAAACAAGAGUUUCCUAGGGAGUAUCAUCAACUCCAGUUAUUUUGAUGAGAGUGACAGCAAAGCGCAAACGAGAGUUGCGACUAAAACAUAUUUCUAGCUAAAACGUUUUCCCACAACUGACUGGGGUUAUCGAGAUAGUUGCGUGUUGCCCACUAUGACCAUGGGGAACAGAUUUUAUAGAACCCCUACAUUAAGUGCCAAUAUCCCCAAAUAUGCGUUUUGGAUAACCUAAUAAUUAUUUCGGUUGUUUACCCCUAUCCAAACUGGGAGUGCCGGCGGAAUGUGUGCGUGCUGAUUUUAAAAGUUGAUAUCUCCUAAACCAGUACAGGUAUGGUUUUAAAACAUCACGGCAUCCUAAAUAUUUAUUAUUAUUAUGUGAAAAAUAUUACGCCAAGAAAAAUUUACAACGUAGUCGUUAACACCUACCAACACUAAAUUUUAGUAUUUUUAAUUGAAUUAUAAUAAUUACAAUAAAAGUGAGCACUUUUUAAUAAAAAGAAAAUAUUUUUACUACCUAACAAAACCGUUAAAAAUUGCAAUUAGGAAAAUAAUUUUGGAAAACCUAAAUUUCUGGUUUUGCAAUUAAUGAAAUCAUAAUUUGUUGCCAUGACAAUAUAAGUGUAAUAAUAUAUUUGAACAAAGCACACCGUCCACAUGUAAAAGUUUCGUCGGAACAUACCAAAUGGUUCACGAGAUAUUGGCCGCGGGUACUUAAGCUCCCCUCCCCCCCGCCAGUUUCAGAUGACCCGAAACAGUCCAGUUUGAGUCCGAAUAGGGUUAAGAAGAAAUGUGAUAUGGCUGUGUUGACAAAAACUAAUCUUAUCCACGUUUUGCCCUCAUGAACUACAAAUUAGUUUGCUUUUGUUUUUUCCUGCCAAAAUUCAUCUAGUGACACCACAUCUGCCAACUUCGAUAGUGAUUAAACUUAUCAAGAUGAAAUCUUUUACGGCAAAGACAUAUUACAUUUUGUUCUCAGAUAACCAAAAUACUACACAUGACAGAAAUUUUAUUUGAGGUUAUAUACAAUUGAUGAACGACAAUCUGACUAUUUUUUUCAAUAUGUACUAGGGCAACUUAACUUGUGGCGUGUGGCCUCAGGUGAACUGUUGGAUGUCAUUCCCGCACAUGAUACAGCAAUCUGGAGCCUGUGUACUACUCAAGAUGGACUGUGCAUUGCUACUGCAUCAAACGAUACCACUAUUAAGUUAUGGCGAGCGGAUACUUUGAAUAUUGAAGCUAUAGCUACUUUGGUCGGCCAUACUGAUUCCGUGUGCAGUGUUGUGGAAACAA